GAUGUUGAAUAAUCAAUUCUUACAUAUUAUUAGGCUCAUGAACACCAUGACAUCCAGACUGAUGGGUGCCUGCUGAAGGGGGUGACCCUAGCAGGAGGACUCCCCUAUGCAAGGAUUCAUGGAGUUUGCUGUUUCUUUUCCUUAGAGUGAGAACGAAACUGCCUUCACACGGUGGGCAGAGGGGAACUGACUCAGGUUAGGAAUAAGAGAGAAUAUCCCAACUGAAAAGCUCUUGGAAUUCGCUGAACUUCAAGACACUGCGUGGACCAGCUUAGGAUAGGGAGUGAGAAGAAAUUAACCAAAAGGUAAUUUCAUUACUUUUCAGCUGGAAAAAAGAUCAGAUUACACUUGUGCUUUCAUGAUUAAGUAGCUGGUGGAAUAAAACGCUUCAGAUGCUUUCUAUGAGAGAACUGCUGCUUGAAGUUCAGCAGAAGUUAUCUACUUGAUACUUAUAUUCCAGGCAAGGCCUUCCAUUGGAGAAAAUAUUGUCACUUUGGACAAAACUGAAACGUGAAAAGAAAGAGAAGAGAGGGCCUCUGUCAUGUAAGAUGCUUAUCCAAAGUGGAUUUGGUCUGGAAAGUCUUCUAAAAUCUUCCACAUGACUGUGGAAUAAGUCAUGUGGGGUGCGGGGAUAAGCGAAUCUCUCAAAUUCCACCACGUAUGCCCUCAUUCAACCUGGAUCCUUAGAGUGGCCUCCAGGGCACUCUUUGCUCAGGACUCAGUCAGCUGUUGGCCACACCCACGCUCUCCAGUCUCCUGAGACCCUAUUUGGUUCUCAGAGGGCUAAAAAGCAGUGUGGCUAAAUAUUCCAGGCCUCAAAGUAUUCCUACUGUUGUUGGGGAAGUAAUAGAAUCAUACCCCAUAAAACAAUGAAAACAGAGCUUGAAAAACAUUGAGAGAAACAUCUCUACGAGUUAGGCCACAGUUAGAGUGAAGGCAGGGAGGGUUUUUAAAGCUGGAUGGAGGGGACAAGUCAAAAAGAUGUGGAAACUGGUUUCCCUUUCCUAUGGCUAAAGUGCUCAAAGGGGAAAAAGGAGUUUCAAAAAUGUUCUUGGAAAUACCAUCUCUCACGAAUUCUUCGACCUCUGCUGUCCCAACGUCACUUGUCUGAGAUGUAAACAGAGAAGUUCUGAGAAAGAAGCUGAACUUGCAUUUCUCCCUGUUUCUAUUUGUUCCAAACUUGUGGCAUUUCUAACAGGAUGAAGUGGAAGAGAAAGGGAAAGAGACAAAAGUGUAGAAAGAUGGAAGAUCCCAGCUGCAAAUGGCCAUUUGCGGUUAGAUGGAACAGCUGCUGACGUUCAGGGAAAUACACGUCUCUCUUCAGAUGGGAAGGGGCAGUGGAAAGGGGUGACUUGAGUUCCUGGCUGGCCACCAAUCAUCCCAUCUUUCUGUGCCGGUUCCUCAUCUGGAAAGUGGGAGUGAUACUUGUGCUUGCUUUUCCUAUCUACAAAGAUUAUUGUGAGAGCUAUAAUAAGGUGAGGUACAGAAUCCUGCUUUUAAAAAUACAAAGCAGCAUCAAGAUGUCAAUAAUAAGGAUAGUAAUUGUGUUAGUUAUUUGCAAUCAUCUAUUAUAGCUAGUCGUCUAGGAUCCUGGAUCGUUCUGCUGGUUUUACUACAGUUUUGGAUCAGCUCACCCCCAAAUCCCUUGCUGAAGGGUGGAGCCCUGUCAGCCAUGGGCGGGGAACCACUUCCUCUUGCCUUUCUACUUUCUGUCUUUCAAACAUGCCCAGGGCCUUUGCACUUGCUGUUCCCCCUGCCUGGUACCUCUCUCCUGUGGCUUGCCCCAGAGCUGAUCCUUCUCUUUGUCCACUUCUCAGCGAGGAUGGCACUUCAGGGAGCCCUUCCCUUGCCAUCGCAGAGACAGCAGCGCCCUCCCCAGUCAUGUCCAACCCGGAACUCUUGUUUUCUUCAUAGCCCUAGCAUCACAGAAAAUCACCCUGUGCAUUCAUGGAUGUCCACGGGGGCAAGGGCUUUGUGUUGCUUAACCCAGCAUCCUGAACCGUGUUUGUUGAAUGAAUACAGAACCCCGUUUGCUCUGGGGAGCACAGAAAAACAGUCUUCUAUCACAUAUCAUAGCCAGCUGCAAACAGCAGAUGGCUUCCCACAUCCCAGAGAGUAAGAACGAGAGAGAGACAGAGAGAGAGAGAGAGUUUGGGUCUUUCUCCUCUGUGCCUGCUCUCUCCAGAGAAACUGGAGGGGUAGCAGUUAGCAUUCUCCCGCAGGCACAGUCAAGGUCUCUAGGACAUGGCCACCCCUGACCUGUGGAAGGGGUCCUACUGGGGUGGGUGCAUGGUAGUUGGUUCUGGUUUGGGUCAGAGGCACCCAGUGGCCCAGGUGGGCGUGGGGCCAGAGCGCAGACGAGAAGGGGCACGAGGGCGCCGCUCCGAGGACCCAGCGGCAAGCACCGGUCCCAGGCGCGCCCCAGCCCACCCACUCGCGUGCCCACGGCGGCAUUAUUCCCUAUAAGGAUCUGAACGGUCCGGGGGCGGCCCCGCCCCGUUGCCCCGUGCCCCCGGCCCCGCCCCCUUUUUGGAGUGCCGAUGAGGUAAUGCGGCUCUGCCAUUGGUCUGAGGGGGCGGGCCCCAACAGCCCGAGGCGGGGUCCCCGGGGGCCCAGCGCUAUAUCACUCGGCCGCCCAGGCAGCGGCGCAGAGCGGGCAGCAGGCAGGCGACCGGCGCUCAGACGGCUUCUCCUCCUCCUCUUGCUCCUCCAGCUCCUGCUCCUUAGCCGGGAGGCCGCCCUCGGAGUCCUGCGCCAGCGCCGAGGUAGCCUCGCCGCGCCCCAUCCCGUCCCGCCGGGCACUCGGAGGGCAGCGCGCCGGAGGCCAAAGUUGCCCCGCACGGCCCGGCGGGCGAGCGAGCGAGCUCGGGCUGCAGCAGCCCCGCCGGCGGCGCGCACGGCAACUUUGGAGAGGCGAGCAGCAGCCCCGGCAGCGGCGGCAGCAGCGGCAAUGACUCCUUGGUUCGGGCUCAUCGUGCUCCUGGGCAGCUGGAGCCUGGGGUACUGGGGCGCCGAGGCGUGCACAUGCUCGCCCAGCCACCCCCAGGACGCCUUCUGCAACUCCGACAUCGUGAUCCGGGCCAAGGUGGUGGGGAAGAAGCUGGUAAAGGAGGGGCCCUUCGGCACGCUGGUCUACACCAUCAAGCAGAUGAAGAUGUACCGAGGCUUCACCAAGAUGCCCCAUGUGCAGUACAUCCACACGGAAGCUUCCGAGAGUCUCUGUGGCCUUAAGCUGGAGGUCAACAAGUACCAGUACCUGCUGACAGGUCGCGUCUAUGAUGGCAAGAUGUACACAGGGCUGUGCAACUUUGUGGAGAGGUGGGACCAGCUCACCCUCUCCCAGCGCAAGGGGCUGAACUAUCGGUACCACCUGGGUUGUAACUGCAAGAUCAAGUCCUGCUACUACCUGCCUUGCUUUGUGACUUCCAAGAACGAGUGUCUCUGGACCGACAUGCUCUCCAAUUUCGGUUACCCUGGCUACCAGUCCAAACACUACGCCUGCAUCCGGCAGAAGGGCGGCUACUGCAGCUGGUACCGAGGAUGGGCCCCCCCGGACAAAAGCAUCAUCAAUGCCACAGACCCCUGAGCACCAGACCCUGCCCCACCUCACUUCCCUCCCUUCCCACUGAGCUUCCCUUGGACACUAACUCUUCCCAGAUGAUGACAAUGAAAUUAGUGCCUGUUUUCUUGCAAAUUUAGCACUUGGAACACUUAAAGAAAGGUCUAUGCUGUCAUAUGGGGUUUAUUGGGAACUAUCCUCCUGGCCCCACCCUGCCCCUUCUUUUUGGUUUUGACAUCAUUCAUUUCCACCUGGGAAUUUCUGGUGCCAUGCCAGAAAGAAUGAGGAACCUAUAUUCCUCUUCUUCAUGAUAAUAUAAUCUCUAUUUUUUUAGGAAAACAAAAAUGAAAAACUACUCCACUUGAGAAUUGUAAUUCCCACCCCUUUUGCUUCUUCCCCACCUCACCAUCUCCCAGACCCUCUUCCCUUUGCCCUUCUCCUCCAAUACAUAAAGGACACAGACAAGGAACUUGCUGAAAGGCCAACCAUUUCAGGAUCAGUCAAAGGCAGUAAGCAGAUAGACUCAAGGUGUGUGAAAGAUCUUAUACACCAUGAGCUGCCACUGCAUGUCCCAAUCAGACUGUGUCUGUCUGUGUCUGCAUGUAAGAGUGAGGGAGGGAAGGAAGGAACUACAAGAGAGUUGGAGAUGACGCAGCACACACACAAUUCCCCAGCCCAGUGAUGCUUGCGUUGACCAGAUGUUCCUGAGUCUGGAGCAAGCACCCAGGCCAGAAUAACAGAGCUUUCUUAGUUGGUGAAGACUUAAACAUCUGCCUGAGGUCAGGAGGCGAUUUGCCUGCCUUGUACAAAAGCUCAGGUGAAAGACUGAGAUGAAUGUCUUUCCUCUCCCUGCCUCCCACCAGACUUCCUCCUGGAAAACGCUUUGGUAGAUUUGGCCAGGAGCUUUCUUUUAUGUAAAUUGGAGAAAUACACACACCAUACACUAUCCACAGAUAUAGCCAAGUAGAUUUGGGUAGAGGAUACUAUUUCCAGAAUAGUGUUUAGCUCACCUAGGGGGAUAUGUUUGUAUACACAUUUGCAUAUACCCAUAUGGGGACAUAAGCUAAUUUUUUUACAGGACACAGAAUUCUGUUCAAUGCUGUUAAAUACGCCAAUAGUUUAAUCUCUUCUAUUUUGUUGUCAUUGCUUGUUUGAAGAAAAUCAUGACAUUCCAAGUUGACAUUUUUUUUUUCAUUUUAAUUAAAAUUUGAAAUUCUGAACAUCAUCAGCACCCUCUCUUCCCUAUCAUGGGUCAUCUGACCCCUGUCCGUCUCCUUGUCCCUGCUUCAUGUUUGGGGGCCUUCCUUUAACUGCCUUCCUGGCUUGGCUCAGAUGGCAGAUGAGAGUGUAGUCAAGGGCCUGGGCACAGGAGGGAGAGCUGCAGAGUGUCCUGCCUGCCUUGGCUGGAGGGACACCUCUCCUGGGUGUAGAGACAGCUUGGUUCCCUUUCCCUAGCUCCCUGGUAGGUGAAUGCCACCUCCUGAGAUCCUCACCUCUUGGAAUUAAAAUUGUUGGUCACUGGGGAAAGCCUGAGUUUGCAACCAGUUGUAGGGUUUCUGUUGUGUGUUUUUUUUUUUUUUUGAAAUAAAACUAUAAUAUAAAUUCUCCUAUUAAAUAAAAUUAUUUUAAGUUUUAGUGUCAAAAGUGAGAUGCUGAGAGUAGGUGAUAAUGUAUAUUUUACAGAGUGGGGGGUGGUAGGAUGGUGACAUUGAACAUGAUUGCUCUCUGUCUCUUUUUUCAGCUUAUGGGUAUUUAUCUUCUAUUAGUAUUUGUAUCUUCAGUUCAUUCCACUUUAGAAAACUGAGCUGCCAGUUGAAACAGGAGAAGAAAAAAAAAAGCAGCAGACAACACAUUGUAGAGUCUUGCACACACACAGGUGCCCAGGCAAGGUGCUUGGCAGAACCCCAGAGUGGGAAGAGAGUACCGGCAUCGGGUUUCCUUGGGAUCAAUUUCAUUACCGUGUACCUUUCCCAUCGUGGUCACGCCAUUUGGCAGGGGGAGAAUGGGAGGCUUGGCCUUCUCAGUGAGGCAGUGUGAGAAGAAGCUGGGGCCAGCAUGUCCGUGGUUUUGAAGGGAUGAGCCCAGAAUUGAUGUUUUGGGAUUGUCCUUAUUUUAACCUCAAGGCCUCGCAUGGUGGGGCCCCUGACCAACCUACACAAGUUCCCUCCCACAAGUGGGCAUCAGUGUCUUCUCUGUGAGGCAUCUGACCAUUCACACUCCCUGGUGUGGUCAGCCUCUCUCACACAAGGAGGAACUUGGGUGAAGGCUGAGCGUGAGGCACCUGAGGUUUCCCUGCGGAGUCGAUAAAUUAGCAGAACCACAGCCCCAUCUGUUAGGCCUUGGUGAGGAGGCCCUGGGCAAAGAACGGUCUUUCGCAAAGCAAUGUCAGAGGGCGGUUUUGAGCUUUCUAUAAGCUAUAGCUUUGUUUAUUUCACCCGUUCACUUACUGUAUAAUUUAAAGUCAUUUAUGUAGCUGAGACACUUCUGUAUUUCAAUCAUAUCGUGAACAUUUUAUUUUGCUAAAUCUUGUGUCAUGUGUAGGCUGUAAUAUGUGUACAUUGUGUUUAAGAGAAAAAAAAUGAAACCCACAUGCCGCCAUUUUCCUGAAUCAAAUUCUACAGUGGAAUGGAGAGGAAAAUACUUCUAGGCAAGCAGCUAGACUGGUGAAUUGGGGGAAACAGAAGGAACUAGUAAUGAGACUCCUCCAGCCUCCUCCCUAUUGGAAUCCCAAUGGCUCCUGGGGUAGGAAAAAAGUUUAAAGCACAUUCAUGUUCUUGUUCUGUGUCACUUGGCCCUGCGUAGUCUACCAUUUACUUCACCCCAAGUCCUGCUGCCCAUCCAGUUGGGAAGCCGUGAUUUUCCUAGGAAUCCAGGGCCAUGGGAGAUACAAUUCCAAGUUCUCGCUUCCUCCUUUGGGCAUCUCUUCUGCCUCCCAAUCAAGGAAGCUCCAUGCUCAGGCUCUCAGCUCUUGGGCCGGUGCUCUGCUCUGUCCAGGGUAGGUGAUACUGGGAGACUCCUGUCUUUUACCUUCCCCUCGUUCCAGACCUGCCUCAUGGUGGCAACAUGGUUCUUGAACAAUUAAAGAAACAAAUGACUUUUGGGGAUAGCCCUGUCUAGGGGAAACUGUGGCCCCCAGGAGACACUACCCUUCCACGCCCCAGACCUCUGUCUUGCAUGUGACAAUUGACAAUCUGGACUACCCCAAGAUGGCACCCAAGUGUGUGGCUUCUGGCUACCUAAGGUAAACAUGUCACUAGAGUAUUUUUAUCAGAGAGAAACAUUAUAAAAAUCUGAUGGCAAAAGCAAAACAAAAUGGGGGAAAGUAGGGGAGAUGGAUGUGAUAACAACUUCCUAAUUGGCUCUUUGGAGGCGAGAGGAAGGGGAGAACUUGGAGAAUAGUUUUUGCUUUGGGGGUAGAGGCUUCUUAGAUUCUCCCAGCAACCGCCUUUCCCUUUAGCCAGUCUGCCGUCCUGAAACCCAGAAGUGAUGGAGAGAAACCAACCAGAGAUCUCGAACCCUGUCUAGAAGGAAUGUAUUUGUUGCUAAAUUUCGUAGCACUGUUUACAGUUUUCCUCCAUGUUAUUUAUGAAUUUUAUAUUCCGUGAAUGUAUAUUGUCUUGUAAUGUUGCAUAAUGUUCACUUUUUAUAGUGUGUCCUUUAUUCUAAACAGUAAAGUGGUUUUAUUUCUAUCACACA